AUGUCCCAAGACAGGCUCAACCGUUUCUUUACCCCUAGAGACGAGCAGCAGCAAGCGUACAAACGAAUAGACGGAGAUGAGAUAUAUACCAAUGAAGAAGACACAGAGCAAUCUGCAUACGAUGUUCCACCGGCACAGGAGUUUUCAUGGAUAGUGUAUUUUUAUUUUGUCUGGAUGGGCAUGGCUAUGCUCUGGGGAUGGAACUCAUUCCUUGCCGCUGCCCCCUACUUUCAAAUUCGUUUUGCAAGCAAUGACUGGCUCCGAGACAACUCACAAUCUUCAAUAACAUCCGUAUUCUGCAUCACCGGCCUGACUGCCCAUUUAGUUCUGCUGAAACUCCAGGAAAAUGCGUCCUAUCCACGGAGAGUCAUGCUAUCACUCGCUCUCACGGUAUCAGUGUUUACUCUGCUCACUCUAUCAACCCUUCCUAACCCGGGACCCUCUGCCCCCGUCCUUUUCUCGUUCAUCCUUCUCAUGGUCUUCGUAUGUUCGUUUUCCGCCUCGUUAAACCAAAACGGACUGUUUGCAUAUGUGUCUGGGUUCUCUCAGCCAGCGUACACGCAAGGAAUCAUGACGGGCCAGGCGCUCUCCGGGGUUUUGCCGGCUAUCGUACAACUUAUUUCAGUCCUUGCCGUGCCGGAAAGCAAUGUACACGAGUCCGAUGAGCGACAAAACGCAGCUAAAUCCGCAUUUGGAUUCUUUGCUACUGCAACACUGGUGUGUGGAGGUGCGUUUUUUGUCUUCCUUUACCUCUAUCGCUACCCGGGCAAGCGGCAAGGGAUACGCUAUCUCGCGGAUGAAGAUACCGAGGGUCCAAAUUCACCGACGAAAAAGACAGUUUCACUGUUGACACUGUUUCAAAAAACGCGCUGGGCAUCCCUUGCGAUGUUUUUGUGCUUUUGCAUUACCAUGGCUUUUCCUGUCUUCGCAUCUCAGGUCCAGAGCACAAACAAGGAACAGCCUCCGCCACGCUAUACCCAGCCAGGCGUAUUCAUUGCGCUUGCCCUUUUCUUCUGGAACUCCGGUGACUUGCUUGGCCGUAUGCUGGUCCUGCUCCCGUUUUUCAGAGAUAGGAAGCCGCCUCCAUUCAUCCUGUUUAUUCUAUCACUGGCACGUAUCCUUUUCAUUCCCUUGUUCCUGAUGUGUAAUGUACGGGGCAGAGGCGCCAGAAUUAACAGCGACGUUGUAUACCUUAUCUUUAUUCAGGGUUUGUUUGGGCUCACGAACGGCUACCUCUGCGUUUCUUCCAUGGUUAGCGCUACAGAGGCUGUCGAUGAGGAAGAGAGGGAAGCAGCUGGUGCAUACAUGGGUAUGUUGAUAGUUGCUGGUUUAGCAGCUGGGAGCGUGCUGAGCUUUUUUAUCGGUGCUCUUUGA